AAUUUACUCAGUUUUUGCUCGAAAGACUUGCGUGUCGGAGGGAGUUCCGUUUGGCGCCCUCGGAGUUUUGUGUUUGUCCUUCGUUACAGAGUUCGGUACGCGCGCGCUCUAUAGUUGUGUUGUGUGGUGCAGUAGUUUUAUUGCUCUUUAGAAUGUUAGGUUGUUGCCAUUGUACCAAUUAAUUGCAACAAAACAGGUGGCACAGAUCACAGGAACCCGUGUUAAAGUGUGGAAAACAAAAACAAUCAGAAAUCGUGCAAGAUCGCUUUUCGUUGUGCGGUGUGAGAUCUUUCGUGCAAAGGUCUAGUGAGCAGUGAGCCUUUGUGAGGAGCGUGUGGAAAAAGCGCUCAAAGUGUAAACAAGUAAAAGAGAGAGAGAGAGAGAGAGAGAGAGAGAGAGAGAGAGAGAGAGAGAGAGAGAGAGAGAGAGAAAGGGAAUAUUACAAGAACGUGGUCCAAAGAACCAAACUCGAAAAUGAAGGGUCCGAAAACGAACGAGUGACGGAGAAUUUUACACAAAAAAAGAGGCAACGCUAAAGAUCGUACAAGCAGGUCCAGACUUGUGAGGUUCUUUCUUAUGGUUAUGUUCAAUACAGUCUUGCCCGAGACGAUGCUGUUUUGGUGAAGACGCCGAGAGAGAGUGGAAGUGAGAAAGAGCAAGGGAAGAACAUCAUUAAACAUCCCAAACUCGCCGGAACAGGGUCGAGUAAAAAAAAGCAACGUUAGCUGCAGCGUCGGUCAACGCGCCCGACGUCCGUCUCGAGAUCGUCUGAGGGAGGUUGGAUUUUUUUUUGGGGGGGAAAUAACUGUGCCGUCUAGCAACGACGCUAACGACGCUAUUAGCAGCGUGUUACGGGUUUUUUUUAUGUGGCCCAAGCUAGAAGGAACCUAGGCUAGCGGGCAUGGUACACCCCAAACCGUCACCAUGGAGUUGUUAGUGUGAAGUCAUCGUCUCGUGAUCGCGUUGGAAAUGCAAUUACCAGUGAAACAGUGGAUCGUUAUUGUGUAAGAUUUGGGGCUCAGCUAGUGUGCGCGAGUGGGUUGAAGUGCAAACGAUACAAGUUUUAAACGGUUUUACAGUGAAAAGAAGUAUAGAGAGCUUUCCAAAAAUGGCACUACUGCCCAGUGUGUUGUGUGUGGUGAUUGCAUUGUCGCUGCCGGUACGGCCAACGGUUGCUACCAAUACGGAUUUCUCCACCCAACGGACCUGCGAACCGAUCCGGAUCGAGCUGUGCCGUGGCAUCGGGUACAAUGAAACGUCCCUGCCCAACAUCGUUGGGCACGAGCUACAGUCCGAUGCUAACUUUACGCUCCAAACGUUCUUCCCGCUGAUCCAGUUCGGAUGCAGCAAGCAGCUAAAGUUCUUCCUCUGCGCCACCUACGUCCCCAUGUGUACGCCCAAGGUGUCGAUGCCCAUCGGGCCCUGCCGAAGCCUCUGCAACACGGUCAAGAAUCGGUGCCACCCAAUCCUGCAAGGGUUCGGGUUUCCGUGGCCCUCGGCCCUGGACUGCAAUCGGUUUCCGGAGGAAAACAAUCACGAGCACAUGUGCAUGCAGGGGCCGGGUGAACCGGCCGAGGGCGAAGUGCUCGUGUCGGAUCGUCCCUCCUGCCAGGGCCUGCAGCGAUCCAACCUGUACGUGCAGCUCAACCGGUCUGGGCGGUGUGCACCGCUCUGCGAGGCGGACAUAAUGUUCGAACAGAACGAGAAACACUUUGCCGAGGUGUGGCUGACGUCGUGGAGUGUGGCUGCACUGGGGACGGCAAUCGUCGCCACGCUCUGUCUCAUCCUGUCGACCAAGCGGUGGGACAAGAGCCUGAUGCCGCUCGUCAUCAGCCACUGUCUGGUGACGGUCGGGUGGGCCGUUCGGUGGCUCGCUGGGCGUAAUGCUACGGCCUGCGGGUACGAUCCGCAACUGCCGGGCGUUGCGCUGCUGCUAACGGACGGCCUGUCGACGGCACCGUGUGCGGCCACGUUCCUGCUGCGGUACUACUUCGGCCUGUCGGCAGCUGUUUGGUGGGCGAUCCUCUGUUUGCGUUGGAGCAAAUCGGUCCGCCGGCUGCUCGGCACCGACCUUACCUCGCCCGCCGAUCUGCACGCGGAAAAGCCGAACUCGUCCCACGACACGCUGUUCCAGCUGGCGGCCUGGGGCAUACCGGCGGUCCUCACCGUGAUCGUGCUGGUGGCCCGGCUCGUCGAUGCAGAUGAACUUUUCGGAUCCUGUUUCAUCGGAAACCAAUCCGACAAAGCGCUGCUAACGUUCGUGAUCGUGCCGCUGCUGUCGAGCUGGGUCAUCGGGUCGGGCUACCUGUUCACCGCCUACCUUCGCAAACGGUCGGCCGCCCCACCGCUCGUCCACAACCUGCCAGUACACAUACACGGUAUGGGCAAGUUCCUGUUCAUCUACGCCGUCCCGAGUGCGGCCCUGCUGAUGCUGAUGUUCUACGAGUACGCCUGCCGGGAGAACUGGCUCCAUCUGCCGCACCCGUCCCUCGACUCACCGCUCCAUCCCUCCCGGGCACCACUGUGGCCCUUUUUGCUGCGCGCCUUUAUCGAGCUGCUGGUCGGGGUGCUGGCGUCCGCCUGGGCCGUCGGGCCACGGAUCGUUGGUCUGUGUCGGGGGCGUGAGGGCACCGGUGGGGGUGGCGUGGGCGGUGGCAUGGGUGUUGGAGGACGGGGCGGUGGCGUCGGGAAGCUUUCGGCCGGUUCCGUGUACAAGCAGCCGGUCGGCGGGCUGCCCAAGCUGGGCGGCUUUGCGGGCGGCGCACCGUCCACCUACUCGACCGCCUCCUACCAGACGGUUUGUCCGCAGAACUCGCUCGUGGCGGUGUCGAUCGGGAAGCUGCCCUCGGUACGGCACGCCCGGAAAUAUCCGUCCCACUCGCACAUCAACCGGAAGCCGCGCAGCUACAAGAUGUCGACGCAAACGAUCAGUCUGACGGGCAACGAGACGGUCCUGUGAGAGCGGGCGUGUGAGUGAGGGGAGUGCGAAGGAGUGUGCCAGCUGGCACGACAAGUUGUGAUAUUAAUGUUAAACUAUUAAAUUAUUGCAAGUAGAACGUCCAUCGCCGUUCGAGAAGGGCUUGAAGUGGCUUUUUGGGUGUUGAAGCGAAUAACUAAAAGAACAUCAAGUUGUAUGAAAAGAGGAGAAACAUAGCAAUGGAAACUUUAGAAUUUACACAAAAAAGUCUACUUCAAGAUAAUUUAAAACAGUAACAAAUAGUGUAAAAAGUGUAGAUUACAUAAAGCAAAGUCGUACGAUCAAGCGGAGAAGAGCGUUCGUUUGCGAAAUGAGAAACGCUUGCCCCUUUCGGCUGUUAAUUUUCUUAAGCCCGCUGAUAAAUAGGAUGCAGUGAAGCAAUUGAGGAAUUUAAAAAAGAGGAGAAAGUCAGUCAGGAAGCGAUCACACCGUACGAUCAUGUAACACCUCUUCGUUUUACCCCGCUUUUUUGUUUAAAAUCCCAUCUCACUCCUUAAACCCCUAAAGGUAUGCAAAUGUAUUUCGCUCGCCCUGUUUCGCUUGUGGUAUUUAUACAACACACAAUUAAAUGGCAAAAGAAACGAAACGAAACGAAACGAUCUUUUUAGGGCUCCCCGCUCAGCUAAGGGUUAAUCGUUUGCGGUCAGGUCCUGUUUUAUAACCGAGGAAUGUUGUAAAAUGUGGCCAUCUUCCACCAAACAACUGCGCCUCGUUUCGGUUAAUGGUUCGCCAAAAUAUGAUGCCCGCGGGAAAUGUGGCCGCCGCCGCCGACGACGACGCCAGGCAAAAUGCAAAACAAGUUUUUCGUGUUCGUCCCCGGCCUGUACGCUUUCCACCUUCCCCGUUUGCUUUCCCCGACGCUCAAAUUGGAAACAAGUGAAGGCGAUAACAAUUUAGCCGAAUGCGGCGUCUACAUCGUCGAUCAUUUGAUGAUCGUUCCGGUUGUUGUUGCACUUUGUCUUGUUUUUUGUUUAAAAAAUAAGCAACCCUUAUGCCCGCAUGUUUGAGGUGGUUGCUCCACUGCUGCUGCUGCUGUGGACGAUGAUGACGGUGCCGAUGAUGAUUCUGUUGCAAAAAUGCAAUCGAUUUUUGAUUGGAUUUUUUCCCCACUUAUGCUACGUACGAUCGGUUUCGGUGCUCUUUUCGUUUGGCCACUGUUUCUUCCCUCUCCCCGUUUAACGUUUGGAAAUUUAUGCUGUACCUCUCGUGUGCUGCACGUACGUGUGCAGUUGCACUUCACUUGCGCCACACACACAAAAAAAAAACACGCAAAAGAAUCUGCAAUCUGGCGUGUGUGAGUGUGUGCUGGUUUGAGGUGUUUUUACUUUGGCUUGUUCAUCGACAGGCAUGUGGAAGGAAGAGAAAGGAGGGGGGGGGGGAAAGAAACGCAUUUAAAAA